AUGGCGGGGGUACGUGUGUUCACAUUUUCUGUUGGUCAACAUAAUUAUGACAAAGGACCCAUACAGUGGAUGGCCUGUGAAAAUAAAGGUUAUUAUUAUGAAAUUCCAUCCAUUGGAGCCAUAAGAAUAAACACCCAGGAAUAUCUGGAUGUUUUGGGAAGACCUAUGGUUUUAGCUGGAGAGAAAGCCAAACAAGUCCAAUGGACAAAUGUCUAUCUGGAUGCUCUGGAGCUGGGCCUUGUGAUUACAGGAACUCUACCUGUCUUCAAUCUAACAAAGGAACAAAAUGAGAAAANGAAUCAGCUGAUUCUUGGAGUAAUGGGGGUUGAUGUCUCUUUGGAAGACAUAAAAAAACUGACACCCCGAUUUACGCUUUGUCCGAAUGGAUACUAUUUUGCAAUUGAUCCUAAUGGGUAUGUGCUACUCCAUCCAAAUCUCCAACCAAAGCAAAUUGGUGUGGGCAUACCAAAAGUUAAAUUGAGGAAAAGGAGACCCAAUGUACAGAAUCCUAAAUCCCAGGAGCCUGUUACGCUGGAUUUUCUAGAUGCUGAAUUGGAAAAUGAUAUUAAAGUUGAGAUUCGGAAAAAAAUGAUAGAUGGAGAAAGUGGAGAAAAAACAUUUGAAACACUGGUCAAGUCCCAAGAUGAGAGAUACAUUGAUAAAGGAAACAGAACGUAUACAUGGACUGCUGUGAAUGGCACUGAUUACAGUUUGGCAUUGGUGUUACCCUCAUACAGCUUUUAUUAUAUUAAAGCCAAAAUAGAAGAACCAAUAACUCAAGCCAGAUAUUCAGAAACACUGAAGCUUGAUCAUUUUGAUGAAGCUGGCUAUACAUUUAUAGCACCAAGAGAAUACUGUAAUGAUGUAAAAAAGUCAGAAAACAACACUGAAUUUCUAUUAAAUUUCAAUGAAUUUAUUGAUAGAAAUACUCCAAGCAGUCCGUCAUGUAAUACUGACAUGGUCAUUAGAGUUUUGCUGGAUGCAGGAUUUACAAAUGAACUUGCCCAAAAUUAUUGGAGUAAACUGUCUCUAGAUGGAGUUGUUGCACAAUUUGUUGUCACAGAUGGUGGAAUUACUAGAGUGUUCCCAAAAAGGGCAGGAGAAGAUUGGUUGGAAAAUGCUGAAACUUAUGAAGUCAGCUUCUAUAAACGGAGUUUAGAUAAUGACAACUAUAUUUUCACAGCUCCAUACUACAACAAAAGUGGUGCCAAUAGCUAUGAAACAGGUAUUAUGGUAAGCAAGGCUGUGGAAAUAACAAUUAAUGGGAAGCAUCUGAAACCAGCAGUUGUUGGAAUAAAAAUUGAUGCAACCAGCUGGAUGGAAAAUUUCACAAAAACCACAAUCAAGAGCCUGUGCAACAGUGAGAUCUGUGGCUGUGAGAGAAACAGUAUGCAUGUGGACUGUGUUAUCCUUGACGAUGGUGGAUUUCUUUUGAUGUCAAAUCGGGAUGAAUACACACAACAGAUUGGAAGAUUCUUUGGUGAAAUUGAUCCUGGCCUGAUGCGAAACCUGAUUAACAUGUCCCUGUAUGCCUUUAACAAGUCGUAUGACUAUCAAUCAGUCUGCGAUCCUGAAGAAGAACCAAAGCAAGGAGCUGGACUUCGUUCUGCUUAUGUGCCUACAAUAACAGACAUUUUGCAUCUAGGAUGGUGGGCUUCGGCAGCUGCCUGGUAA